AUGCCACCUCCUCUCCUCCUCUUCUUCCUCCACCUGUUCCUUACCCCCAUGGGAGUCAGGCCCCAGGAAAAACACCUACUGGAGGCUAAAGAGGGAGGCAAUGCUGUGCUGCCAUGCCUUGACGGUCUCUCAGAUGGUCCCCCUGAGCAACUGGCCUGGUUUCGGGGCUCCCAAUCAACACCCUUCUUAGAGCUGAGCCUAGGGUUACCAGGCCUGGGCAUCCAUGUGGGGCCCCUGGGCACCCUGAAGGAGCCCCAGGGAACCUUGCUGUUCAUCUUCAAUGUCUCCGACCAGAUGGGGGGCUUCUACCUGUGCCAGCGAGGCCCCUUUUCUGAGCAAGCCUGGCAGCCUGGCUGGACGGUCAGCGUGAAGGGCAGCGGAGAACUGUUCCGGUGGAAUGCUUCAGACCUAAAUGACCCAAGCUGUGGCCUGCGGAACAGGUCCUCAAAGGGCCCCAGGCCCUCUUCUGGUCACCCCACAAGGUCCCAGGUCUAUGUGUGGGCCAAGAACAACCCUAAGAUCUUACACACAGACUCUGCCUGUGCCCCACCUAACGGCACUUUGAACCAGAGCAACAACCAUGACCUCACGGUGGCCCCUGGCUCCACACUCUCGCUGUCCUGUGGGGCAUCCCGUACCUCACUGGCCAGAGGCCCCAUCUCCUGGAUCCAUGUGCGUCCCAAGAAGCCUAGGAUCAAAUUGCUGAGCCUAAACCUGAGUGAGGAUGCCCAACUCAGAGAGAUGUGGGUCAUGGGCACCCUCGGGGGAAAGGCUGUUCUGUUGCUGCCCGAGACCACAGCUCAAGAUGCUGGCAUCUAUCACUGUAACCAUGGCAACGUGACCACCCAGAUGCAGCUGAAGGUCACUGCCCAGUCAGCAGUAUGGCAUUGGCUACUGGAGACUGGUGGCUGGAUAGUCCCUGUUGUGACUUUAGUUUAUCUGAUCUUCUGCCUGGCUUCCCUGGUGGGCUUUCUUCAUCUUCGAAGAGCCCUGAUCCUGAGGAGGAAAAGAAAGCGAAUGACAGAUCCCACUAGAAGGUUCUUCAAAGUGACGCCUCCCCCGGGAAACGGGGCCCAGAACCAGUACGGGAACAUGCUCUCCCUCUCCACUCCCCACUCAGGCACGGGACGCGCCCUGCGGUGGGCUGCGGGCCUGGGAGCCACCGUGCCGCCCUACGGAAAUCCGCGCAGCGACGUCCAGGAGGCCAGAGCCUCGGAGUCCCGGAGCCCACCAGGGACCGGCCCAGAAGAAGAGGAAGGGGAGGCCUAUGAGGAGCCGGACAGUGAGGAGGGCUCCGAGUUCUACGAGAACGACUCCAACCUUGGGCAGGACCAGCUCUCCCAGGAUGGCAGCGGCUAUGAGAACCCUGAGGAAGGGGUCCUGGGUCCUGAGGAUGAAGACUCCUUCUCCAACGCUGAAUCUUACGAGAAUGAGGAUGAAGAACUGGCCCAGCCAGUUGCCAGGACAACAGACUUCCUGAGCCCCCAUGGGUCAGCCUGGGACCCCAGCAGGGAGGCAACCUCCCUUGGGUCCCAGUCCUAUGAGGAUAUGAGAGGGAUCCUGUAUGCAGUCCCCCAGCUCCGCUUUGUUCAAGCCCAGCCUGGUCCCAGUCAUGAAGAAGAUGCAGACUCUUAUGAGAAUAUGGAUAAUCCCGAUGGACCAGAACCAGCAUGGGGAGGAGGGGGCCACAUGGGCACCUGGAGCAACUAGGUGAUUCCCUUCAGGUGCAGUUGUGUAGAUGGAAAACUGAGGGUUAGAGAGGCCAAGUCAUGCGAGUAGCACUUCACAGAGCUGAAUCCAGAAAUCUGGCUGCUGUUCUAGCCAUGGUGCCUACUGCCUGGUAAACUGCCUAUGAUAUAAACCACAAACACAAAGACUUCAGAGCUAAAAGUCUCCAGGCCCUGAAACCAUUAUGUAGCAAGCUCUACCACUCCCAAAUUCCUGCCUGUCUCAGGCAAAGGUGGACUCAGUCAUUGAUAGUCUUGGUGUCUUCUGCCUGGUCUCCCCAGCUCCAGUGCUCUUCUGAAACCCAGGACUGGCAUCUGAAACCUAGUCCCUCUCCUCCAGAAGUUUCAACGCUCUCUGUAAGAUGGUCUAGACUUUUUCAGUACCUAUAUUUUUAUUUCUAGAAUUCCUUUUUUUUUUUUUUUUUUUUGCGGUACGCGGGCCUCUCACUGUUGUGGCUUCUCCCGUUGCGGAGCACAGGCUCCGGACGCGCAGGCCCAGCGGCCGUGGCUCACGGGCCCAGCCACUCCGCGGCACGUGGGAUCCUCCUGGACCGGGACAUGAAGCCGUGUCCCCUGCAUCGGCAGGCGGACUCUCAACCACUGCGCCACCAGGGAAGCCCUAGAAUUCCUUUUCUUAAUGUACCUGUUCUUUCUUCAUAAUGUCCUGUGUUCGUUUUUGAGACUCUA